AUGAAUGGCAAAUGUUUGAAAACUAUUGGCAAAGAGUUGUUAAAGGACUUGGUUGAUAGAAAUCUCAUUCUAGUUGAUGAGUUGGGGUCUACAGGAAACAUAAAAUCAGUCAAAAUUCAUGAUUUGUUGAGGGAUUUAUGCUUGAACCUGGGCCAGAGAGAUGGGUUCUAUCACGUGAUAGGGCAAUCUAGUCCUCGAGGCAUACAUAGCCAACGCCGCAUUGUUAUCCCCAGGAACACUUCGGAGAAGAAAGUCCUUGAUGACUUGCAAUAUAUGUCACGUGCUCGUUCCAUUAUUUGUGAAUAUGGGAAAGUCCCCCAGUGUUCGAAUUAUGGAUUGUUGAGGACAAUACAUGCAUACAAAUUUCGCACUUAUGAAGAUGAAAGCUACGUGAAUUCCCUCGUGUCUCGGUGUGUUAACUUGCGCCACCUCGCUGUUGAAGUUGGCAGCAUGUCAUCGAUAUUUUCUUCGUUCAAUCACCUCUGGAAUUUGCAUACACUGAUCGUGUCUAGUAGGUAUAAUUCUACGUUUAAUGUGCCUACUGAAAUUUGGAAAAUGCCUCAACUGAGGCAUAUUGAGAUGGCUGAAAGAAUAUUGUGUCUCCCAAAUCCUUUGAAUGAUGCUGUUGUCAUGCAGAAUCUAGUGGUACUAGAGGGAGCACAUAAUUUCAAGUGCGAUGAUGAGGUGGUUAAGAGAAUUCUCAAUAUCAAGAAGUUGGGAAUACUGUAUUCAGGGAGAGAGGGAAUCGACCAUGAUGAUUAUUAUUGUUUGAGCAAUAUUAAAUCUCUAUGUAAAUUGGAAUCCCUCGACAUUUGCAAUGAGAGUGAUGCUUCUCUGCAUAAGCUCAGCUUCCCCGAAACCCUCAAGAGUCUGACUCUUGACAUGAAAGGUGACUUUGAAUGGGAAGGAAUGUUGGAAAAGAUAGGUGCAUUGCCCCUUCUUGAGAAGUUCAUAUUGUGGAGAGGAUGCUUUGGAAAAGGCAAGUGGGAAAUGGUUGAAGGCCAAUUCCCUUGCCUCAAAUACUUGGGAUUGCACUCGUGUCCUAGUCUGGAGCAUUGGACUGCAGAAGCGAGCUCCGUCGUAUUUCCACGCCUUGAGAAGCUUUAUCUUUCUCAAUUAGAAGAGCUGAAGGAGAUCCCAUUUCAAAUUGGAGACAUAUCGACACUGCAAAAUAUAUGGUUGUUCGACUCCAGCGAAUCAGCGGCGAUGUGUGUGAAAGAGAUUGUAGAGGAACAAGUGGAAUUGCAAGGGGAAGAUCUUCCAUUUCAUGUUCAAGUUUGGCUUAUGCGUAAGGACGAAGCAGUGCAGAGCUUGACAGGUCCCAACUUCGAAGUUAAUGUAAUAUUCCCUCCGUCCCGUCUCACUUGGCCUAAUUCAUUUCGCAACGGUUAUUUUGUAGAAUAA